AUGAAGCUUCUCAAAAAACAGCGGAAGCCGGAUCUGGCGUAUGAGCAAGUCCAAGCCGAGAAGAGAACCGUUGAGGCUCGGCUUGAUGAAGUUGAACGCGCUCUGGCUGCAGAACAAGACGACCAUCGCAACGAUAUUCGGAAUCUGCUGACCAAGUUCAACGAGCUGUCAGUCGCCUGUGCUGUAGAACGGGACGAACAAAACCGAGAGAUUGAGGCCCUGUCUGCCAAGUUCGACCAACUUGUCAGAGCCCGUGCAAUAGAAGAAGACAACCAGCGCGACAGGAACUCGAACCUUUCGGCCGCACGCCUAACAGAAGAUCAAUGGUGGCUCAUUGGUGCUGGGCCGGGACCGUCUGCCACGAAUCCAUUCGAAAUGCAAGAAACCGACAGAUAUCUCUUCACUGCGGCAAGCUCAGAUACUGCACCGGACCUCAGACCACCGACGCCCCGGCCACCGACGCCUCGACCAUACGGACCGGGAUUCCCCCAGAAACGAGACACUGAUAUUGGAAGAAGUGGUCCUUUACAAGAGUGCAAUGUCUGUGUCGAGACCAAACCUAUAACGGCAUUCCCAGUCUUAUCAAUCUCAAACCAAUGUGAGCACAUACCACAAACGUGCUACAGCUGCAUUGCCACCUCCAUUAAGACGCAGUUUGGGUCAAAGAUAUGGAAUCAAAUUCACUGCCCCGAGUGCCAUGGCCUGAUGGAUUAUCACGACGUGGAGAGACAGGCUGAUGAAGAAACAUUUGCAAAGUACCAGGCCUUGUCAGUCCAGGAGACAGCCAACGCAAUACCGGGUUUCGUUUGGUGUCCAACGGGUUGCGGCUUCGGGCAAGUGCAGGCUAAUGCCUCCAUGAAUCCCAUAGUGCAAUGCGGCGGCUGUAAUUACGUAUUUUGUUUCCGCCACCGAGUGAAGUGGCACGACGGCCUUGGCUGCGAGGAAUACGAUGAAAUGCGGGCGAACCCUGACGGGUUUCGCAGCCACCUGGAAAUUCUCAACGAAGAAGCCGAAAACCAGAACCGGCGGGAGGCAGCGCUGAAGCAAGAGCAGGAAGAAGCCGAUCGCCGCUUUGCCCAGAGCUUGGUCGACGACGAAGAGGAGAUGCAUCGGGCAGAGCAAUUAGCGGCGGAAGAACGCCGCCAAAGGGAGAGUAGAGAAGUAGCUGAAGAGGCUCGGCGACAGGCGGAGCGUGAGGCCGCGAGGCAGGAAGCAGAGCAAAGGAACAGAGAAGCGGCGAUCAGGAAGCAGCAGGAAAAUGCCGGAGAGAGGCUCGUCAGAAGUACUACCAAACCGUGUCCCUCGUGCAAGUGGCAUAUCGAGAAGAACGAAGGAUGCGAUCAUAUGACGUGUAGGUUGAUUAUCUUCUUCCUCUCUAUUCCCCUCGCGCCGUUGUGUCUCGAUUUCCUUCGCAGUAUGAAGAUCCUUUGGUGUACUUUCCCUCUCCUCGUUCAUCACCCGACAUACACUGAAGCUACAUUGGCACCCGAGUUCCAGGUUUCAAAUGUCGUUCUGAGUUUUGCUGGUUAUGUCUGUAUCCAUGGGAUAGCCAUGGCAGCUCUUGCAGAAGAUAGCUCAGCAGACAUGUCUACCUAG